AACGGGAGAAGAUGUGCUCGACGCUACAGGUACAUUAUUGCAAACAGAGUGAAUUGUACAAUACACCAUCAUGCGACCAUGAGCCGCAAUUCAGUCCCGGUGUUGAGGUAAGGCUGCGAUACCAACACGAUAGAAGAUUGAAUCCCAAGACCACGAAAAGUACGAAUUUGAAUCCAUGGCCAAGCCCCAGGUCCGGCAAAAAGAGCUUGUUGUGCUCGACGGACGCACUCUCGAAGGCGGCGGCCAGCUGGUGCGCAUUGCCUUCUGCCUAUCAGCACUGACAGGCACACCAGUACAAGUCAAUGACAUUCGAGGCAAGAGAAGUGGUAGUGGCGGCUUAAAACCACAACACCUCGCCUGUGUGCAAUGGCUGGCCCAGGCAUGCAACGCUCGUUUGUCCGGCGCUGAGAAAGGAAGCAAGACGCUCACUAUGGCUCCGGGCCAAGGACAGCCAAUGCAGAGUGGGCUGCCAUCGGUUUUCCAGAAGAGUUCAUCCCUAGGAGACGAAACCCGACCGUUCUACGAAUGCCAUGUCGAUAUCGGCACUGCUGGAAGUACCAGCUUGGCUUUGCAAGCCAUACUGCCUUUCCUUCUCUUUGCGAAACUGCCAACUGAGUCGACCAUCUAUCUACGUGUCAGUGGAGGCACAAAUGUGUCCGGCUCGCCAUCCUACGAGUACAUCAGAUAUGUGCUCCUUCCGACCCUUGCCCGCAUAGGUUUUCCCGUCAUGCAAGUGGUUUUGGAGAAACGUAGCUGGAAUCAAGGCGCAUCAGGCAUCGGAAGUUUCACACUCCAAAUCCCUCCUCGAUCUGGAAUGCCUCUGCCGGCUUUCAGAUAUGCACCCCAAACCCUCACAGCCGCACCAGCCAAACCGACCAACUUACGUGCGAUAUUCAUUGCGCCCUCAUCUUGCCACGAGCAUUUCCGCAAGAUUCUACUUCCCGCACUUGUGCAUAACUUUGGUCAUUGCAUUCUACCCGACACCAGCUCAGACUCCAACAAGAAACUCAUGAUCGAGUGCGAGGACAGCCAGCAUGAUAAGCGUAUGUACUUUAUCCUCAUCGCCACAGUUCCUUCGGCAGACGAGAAAUGCUCAUCAUAUAUACUCGCGCGCGACUGGCUUUACGAGCGGAAAAUAUCCUGUCAACUACGAGCUACCACGGAAAUGGUCGAAGGUGUCACCAAAAACCUUGCAGAAGAAUGGUGUUCUGGGACGUGGGUCGAUGAGCACAUGCGAGAUCAACUCGUGAUCUUUCAGGCUUUGGCCCAGGGAAGAGCUGAGGUGUUUCCUGGGUGGAAGGACGGUGAUAUGGAGCGGUUGAGAGAAGCUAGCCUGCAUGCGAAGACGGCGGAGUGGGUUGCGAAGCAGAUUCUUGGCGUGACGUUUGAUCGGGGAGGGUAUUGUGAAGGUGCUGGUUAUGGGUCUGCGUAGGGGUCUGUCUCGGGGAUCGCCAG